AUGACAAGAACAGUAAUUGGAGAAAAAGAGUUUUUUAAAGGAAUAACACAAAUUCAAUUUGAAGGUUUAGAAAGUGAUAAUCCACUGGCUUUUAGAUGGUAUGAUCCAAAUAAAGUAGUAGCUGGUAAAACCAUGAAAGAACAUUUUAAGUUUGCUUGUGCUUACUGGCAUUCAUUUAAUGGAAAUGGUAGUGAUCCUUUUGGUGGAGCUACGCAUGUUUUUCCAUGGGAUGAAAAGAAAGAUGCGGUAGAGCGGGCAAGAGAUAAAAUGGAUGCUGCUUUUGAAUUCAUUACCAAAAUGCAAUUGCCCUAUUAUUGUUUUCACGAUGUGGAUAUAGUGGAUUAUGGAGAUGAUAUUGCUGAAAAUGAACGCAGGCUGCAAGCCCUGGUGGAAUAUGCAAAAGAAAAACAAGCCAGCAGCGGAGUUAAAUUACUUUGGGGAACAGCCAACUUGUUUAGCCAUAAACGUUAUAUGAAUGGUGCAUCGACCAAUCCGGAUUUUCAUGUACUGGCACAUGGUGCUGCGCAGGUAAAGGCUGCUUUAGAUGCAACAAUCGCACUUGGUGGAGAGAACUAUGUU